CCUGGAAGAUCCCCUGAGAUGCCCCCCACACACCCAGAGCUCAGCCCCCUUGAGUCAUCUGUCACAGUCCUAGAGUCCAGCCCCCCUGAGCUGCCUCCCACACUCUCUGAGCUGCCUCCCAUAGUCCCAGAGUCUGGCUCCUCUAGGUUGGCCUCUCCCACCCCUCCUGAGCUGCCAUGUUCCCCGGAGUUGCCCCUCCCUGCCCUGGAGUUGGCUGUGACUAGCAAGAUGUGGGAUCCCUCCAUAGACCCUCCCCUGCUGAUGGAUAAGCAGGCUUGGCACAGUGAGCAGGUACAGCAGUGGGAGCCACAGAGGCCAGCAGGCCAGGCUGGAUUGCAGAAGCAGGAGGUGCUGUCCCACCUGCUGCAGGAGAACCAGGCCCUGCGGACUGAGCUGAUGCUGUGGCAGUCCCAGGGCCAAGCAGAAUGUGCCAUGUCUACCAUGGGAGACAGACAAUACCAGGAGACGUCAGCCACCCUGCCAUCAGUGCCCCUCAGAGACAGAGGCUGUGGGGACCUUGCUUAUGUUCUCCAGACUCCCUGGCCGGGGACACGGGAUGCCCAGACCCAGACAGAGGGGUCGGUGUGGGGUGGGCGCCGCAGAGAGUUCAUCUCAGUGGCCUUUGACCACACUCAUUAUGAGCCCUAUGGGUUGCCUGAGGUCGUCAUGAAGGGUUUUGCCGACAUCCCCUCUGGCCCCUCCUGCCCUUAUGUCCUUCGGAGGGGCAUCCUGGGUAGCACCCCAUUGGCCCAGCUUAUGCCCAGAGCUGAGCCAGAGGAGGAUCCCACUGAACCUGACAUGGGUACAAGUGUCUGAGAGCAUCUACUCUGCUGGCCUGGGUGGCAGAAAUGUGCUCCCCCCCCAACCACACUAGCUACUAAGAUCCCUGAUGCUGCCUGCAACUCCCCAGCUGCUACGUGCCUCCCCUCUGGCUGAGAAGGGGAGUCCCUCCUCGCCCCCUCUACAGCUGGAUACAUAUAACCCUCAGAUUUAUUUUACAACCUGGCUUCCUCAAUGUGCUAAAAAUUGUGGAUGCUGCCCACCUGCGUGCCCCACAGCUCAAUGGGCUCAGAGCUGCUCCACACAAAGAAGGGGAGAGCUUGAGGAAUGGGGUUAAUUGGAAUCUCUGCCCUUCCCCCACCACAGUUUGAAGGGGGUUAAGCUCUCUCUGCAUGGCUCAGGAAUCAAAGGGUGGGUUGUGUCCACCCACACAAAGUUUGAAGCAGCUGCAGUUUGGAGUCACCCUCCCUAAAAGGGGCUCAGCUGAAGUGCCGUGGAGAAGAGGUGGCACAACACAGGGAGGCUGUCCCCCUGCUCAGGGGUUUGUGUGUAACUGUCUCCCCCGACCCGAAUAAAUUUCCUUG